UAGCGCUCAGUGUGCAUCUUGUGUCGGCACAAGCUGUACGAGUGGGCAGUGGAAAAUUGUUAUCAAGUCUACUAGUAAUUCAUCAUCUCAGCUAUUUGAAAAAAAGUAUCGAAAAGAUGGCUUCUAGCUGCAGCCUAACAUGGACCACGUACCAGAGCGUCCUAAUCGCGUUCAUCCUAACGUCGUCCGCAGCGUCAGCAUGGGAAAGCUCCAACUACAUCGCGGACAUCAGUAACUCCCUAUUCGGCACUGAAGAAUCGAACGAUUCCUUAGUAGAAACCGGGCGCUUGGCCUUUGUCACCAUCGGGAACAACGGCGUUGUUGUUACUGUCAAUGGAACGUCUAUUUUCCUCGGUGGACUUUUAACUCUAGGUGCCUUAGCGAUAGCUGGAGCGAUUGCCGCCGCCAUUGCUAUCCCUCUCGGCGUUGCCAUUCCUCUCGGGAAGAAACACAAAAAUGAGGGCAACGAGUACGAAUAUUAUUCAAACGGAGGUGGUGGAUAUGGCGGCGGUGAUGGUGGAUACGACGCAUCGGGUAGCGGCUCCUCGUACGGCAGCUACGCCAGGAGGUCCCUGGAGGUGAUGUCGCCGAUCAUGAACGCCCUGUACUCCGCUUACCAGAAGUACAGCGGCGACGAUGAAGAGAAACCAGCGCUGUAACUGCGCGGACGCGCGUCAUCUUCAAGGGGAACAGAGCGAGACAGUUGACGAGAGACGACGAAACAAAAUCAGUAACUGGCAGAGUUGACAUGGACAUGUAUUGCCGACUGACUUCUGACAAGACAGAAAUUGGCAAGGAACGAUGAGCAGCUGAUAAUUGACACCUAUAUUAUUUGACAUGUUGACAAGAAUAUGCGCAACUGCCAACUGACACCUGACAAAUUUGACCAGAGCAUUGUGCAAAACAAUGUUGACAUGUUGACAAGAACAUUUGACAGCUGCCAACUAACUCAGAAAUACUCGACCAGUUGACAAGAACAGUGUGGGCAGCUGCAAACUGACACCAAGCCAUCUUGACUUGUUGACAUAAGAAUGGCAGCUGCCAUCUGACAUUUGAAGAAAUUUAAUAGUUGGAGAAAAUUGGGUGGCUGCCCACUGACUGAAAAAAUAUAACACAGUACUCACUGCAGUGAGUGACA